AUGAUCUACACCAAGACCCCUGAUAAACGCAAGAAGAUUUCCUCCUCCUCAGAACCCCAUCUUACUGACAACCUCCACAACGACCUUCUCCACAGUGACCCUCUCAAGGUAGCGAACCAUGUGACAGAAACACUACAGAUAUUGAGGAAUGUUUUGGAACGUGACUAUGCUGCCAUCAGCAAGAGACUCGCCACAGGUCAGAGUAUGAUGAGUGUACGGGAGCCAGGUACAGGAUCUAGUAUAGCUCACCUCGCUGCAAGAUGUGGUGACAAGGCCAUCCUCAAACUACUCCUCAGAAAAUACAGCGAUUACACCAAGAUGUCCAAUAACAAUGGCAGGACAGCAGUGCACGAGGCAGCUGAUCACGGCAAGUUUGUCUGUUUGACCUAUCUGCUGCAACACGGUGCAGUGUGUAAAACUAGGGAUCGCAGUGGUAUUACUCCACUCAUGUUAUCCGCUCAGAAAGGCCACCUACAAACCCUGAGGAGACUUGCUCUGGCGGACCCGGAGACUAUGAUGUGUAAUGACAUGAACGGAUACACUGCCCUGCAUCACGCUAGUUCAGCUGGUAAAGAAGCAGCAGUCAGAUGGUUAGUGGAGUUCGGGGCAGACGACCAGACCAAAGAUAAUGAAGGUAACACGGCGAUGCACCACGCAGUUACUAACAACCACCUUAAGUCCGCUAUCUGGCUACAGCACUUCUCCAACUGUGACGUCAGACAGAUUAAUAACCGUGGAUACAACUCGUGCCACAUAGCAGCACAGAAAGGACACCUGUGCAUUCCUCAACUGGCUGCUCACUAA